GGACGGCGACCCCCCUCAUUUGUCAACUUGAGCAGUCAACUUGGGAGGUACCUGUUGGACGUCGACGUGUCAAACUCGCCGUGUUCGUUCAUCGUCAGCCUGUUUCUCGUUCUUCCUUCUAAGCGGUUCGAGGCAAUAACUUGUCGUCGCGUCCCUUUUCCUCCACCUCAACAGUGAUACAAUCGUAUUUUCUACCUACCUACCUAUAUGCAAUAUCCUUCUCUCUGUCCUAGAGACUGGAAGAAAUAUCUGCCAAUUUGGCCGGAUGAAUGGCAAACGGUACACUUCUUUGCUUCCGUCAUACUAGUCGGUACUUUCGGCACCUAAUGUACCUGUGUUGUACUUACCUACCUUACCUCGUUGGACAUAUAUAGGGGGUGCCUAGGAGGAGGUAGGUUGGAAGGAAGGUAACCGUAGAAGAUACGCCUGCCCGCCCUAACAUCCGGCGUGGAACGUACCGAUUGCAUGUACUCGCCUGGCCAGCUACCCACCUCUGCCUCCUUUCCAAUCGACGUCCCGCCUCGUACGUCCAUCGUCUAUCGUCUGCCCACCCGGGUACCUACCAGCAGCCCCUUGCCGAUAGGUAUGUCCUUGUCGAGGCACUCCCGCAGAGCAGCGGCCGCUGCCGCUUCAAGCUUAGUAGCUCCCCCGCCAAUCACCUCACCUCACGCCCAUCCGCAAUCUUCCUCUUUUUCCAACCCCACCUCCAAUUGCAACUCCUCCUCGGUGCCGCCCUCGUCGCCGCCUCCCUUUUCAUCUAGUAGGAACUUCGCCUCCCAGCCGAGCCGCCGUCGAGACCAUCUCCUUACGCGAUCUCCGCUAAGACACGCCUCCAAGAUGUCCACCAUGCCGGCGCAGCACGGCCAUUCCGAGGCCUGUUGCAACAUCCCCCCAGUCGUCGCCAAAGGCUACACCCCAAAGGGCAGCCAUGAGGAGAUUGGGGGCUUCGACACAUAUGUAACCGGCCCUAAGGAUGCGAACAAGGGCAUAAUUACUAUCUACGACAUCUUCGGGUACUUCCCGCAAACCCUGCAGGGCGCUGAUAUCCUGUCCACCUCGGACGACUCUCAGAAGUAUCAGAUCUUUAUGCCGGACUGGUUCGAGGGCAAGCCGUGCCCCAUUGAGUGGUUUCCCCCCGACACGGAGGAGAAGCAGAAGAACCUCGGCGCCUUCUUCAAGAAACACUCGCCUCCCAGCGUCGCCGCCAAGGUUCCCGACUACGUCAAGGCUGUCUCGGCCAAGCACCCGGAGAUCAAGAGCUGGGCCAUCCUUGGCUACUGCUGGGGAGGCAAGGUCGUCUCGCUCGUAACCUCAUCGCCUGACACCAUCUUCAAAGCAGGCGUCGAAUGCCACCCAGCCAUGGUUGACCCCUCUGACGCCGAGCGUAUCAAGGUCCCCCUUGCCUUGUUGGCAUCUAAGGAUGAGGCACCCGAGGACGUCGAAAAGUUCGAACGGAAUCUUACCGGUCCCAAACACAUUGAGACUUUCGCCGAUCAGAUUCACGGCUGGAUGGCUGCCCGCUCCAAUCUUGAGGACGAGCAUGUGAAGGAAGAGUAUGUCCGCGGCUACCAGACCGUGUUGACUUUCCUGGGCAAGUAUGUGUAAAGGAAGGAAGCUGUUUUCCUAUCUUGGAAUGGGUGGCGUGGCCACCCGAUUAGCAGCGUCUAGCCGAGGAUUCUAUCUAGUGCAAAAUGGCUGCCUGAGAUGUAUGACGGGCGUAAGAGCAGAUUAGGUUGCUCCUUAUCUAUUGUUACGACGUCCUAUCCAGCUCUUCGCGGGGGAAUGUCAGCUUCGUAAAUGUCACAAAUCGAAUCAAUCAAGGCUAUUAUUUAGCAUGCAACUCGAAUUGAGCUAUCAGAUUAUUAGUACAGAGAAUCCUACACCAUGAACCAACA